AUGCUUCUCUUGUAUAUAGAAAUCUUCUAUAAUCAACCGAAAUUUUGUGAAUCUGCAUUAUGGAAUCCAAAUGCAACUACCUUGACAAAUGCGAGCACUGUUGGCAGCUAUCCUAGCGGCAUUUUUAUCGAUAUUUACAAUACUGUUUACGUGGCAGUAUAUUGGUAUAACCGUGUUCUAGUAUGGCCAGAAGGGAGUUUCAUUCCAACGAGAAAUAUAACUGGUAAUUUAAAUGGUCCAUUUAGUGUUUUUGUCACUCACAAUGGCGAUGUUUAUGUUGACAAUGGUGCAAGGGGUCGAAUUCGAAAGUGGUCGCUAAAUGCGACAAGAAGCAUAACUGUGAUGUAUGUCGCUGAUGUCUGUGCUGGCCUCUUUAUUGACAAUAAUAAUACUCUUUAUUGUUCCCAAUGGACGAAUAAUGUGAUUGUCAAAGGUUCACUAGAUAAGGAUGCAAAUGCAUCAAUGAUUGCUGCAGGUAAUGGUACAGCAGGUUCAGCAUCGAAUUUAUUAUCUUCUCCUAUCGGAAUAUUUGUCGAUAUUAAUUUUAAUCUCUAUGUUGCCGAUUCUGGAAAUAAUAGAAUUCAAUUAUUUCAAUUUGGUCAAUUGAAUGCAAUCACAGUGGCAGGUGAUGGAGCAUCAAUCAACUUCGCGCUUGACUAUCCUACAGGNAGAUGCGCCUUCUAG